AAUGAUUCAAAUAAUGGGCUAAGGGGAUAAUUCUACAUUAAAAUUGAGAGAUGAGAUCAAAAAUAUCUCUGCUUUUUAUAUUUAUUAAUUUUGGAAGAAGUAUAAAAUCAGAAAAACUUUAAAAAAUACUAUAAAAGCUUUUUAAAAGACCAUGAAUGAAUUUAAAUUAACUUAAACACCUUUAGUUGUAUAUUACUCUUCUUUGGCUCCAAAUAUUUAGACAAGAUAGGAUCAACUAAAUCUCUUUAAUAUGUUAAAAUUGAAAAAAAUAGAAUACAAAGAAUUUGAUCUUGUUGAUAAUAAAAUGGUACAAGGUUGGGUGAAAUAACUAUUAAAUAAAUAUAAAUUACCAUUCAUCACCAUCAAUAAUAUCUUUAUUGGAGGAUAUGAAGACUUUUAUAGUUUAUUUGAAUAGGGGGGCUUUUUACAGCGCAUAAUCAACAAAGGUAGAAAUAUAUUAUAGUAUUAAUAGACUAUGAAAUGCAGUGUAUAAAUUGCAAUGAACAAAGAAGAGGAGGAGAUAGGUGCCUUAAAUGUAAAUGGCCUUACGAAUUCUUCAAAAAAGAAUGAGUU